AUGUCAUUCAAACUCUAUGUUUGUUUUGUUUUAUUAAUAUGUCAUAUGAUGAUGAUGAUUGAUUUAUCACAAUCACAAAUAGAAUAUGAUUUUGAUGUAUCAACAGCAACACCUAUAGGAAUAAACCAAGUUUAUCAACAUAAAGUAAACUUUUUCCCAGAGAUCAUUGAAUCACCAGUCUAUACAUACUUUCCAGCACCACAAUUCAAUCCAAUCUACAGCAAACAUACAUUGAUCAAAGACAAUAGUAGAUGGGCACCUGAUCUCAAUCCAUCUGAUUGGUCUCCUCCAAUCAACCUCACCAAUACACUUUCAUUGUCGUUGAUCAUUCCAGCGGGUAUGACACUUAUAAGUUCAUCGUUUUCAUUAUCCAACAAACUAAGACACACAUUUGUUGUUCAUGGUGUAUUUAAAACCAAUCCAGCAGAAAAUGUCACACUUUCUCUCUAUGAAAUGGUGAUCUAUCCAACUGGUACACUACAAGUACGUCCAUCAAGUCCAUCUAUCAAGCAUGAAAUAACACUUCAGGCAAGUCACUACCAACCAGGCAGUCAAAAUCCAGUGUCAUCGAUCGCUCUUUUUGACCCUUUUGGAUGUCUAUCGUUUUUAUGUCUGGGAUGUACUAUAGACAUUCAAGGUGAUACUUCACCUCCAUCUUGGAUCGGUGUAAAGGGUGAUACAAAUACUAGCACAGUAGCAGUACCACUAUUAAACGAUGCCAGUGGAUACAAGAAUGGUACACCAUUGGUUCGUAUCAACAGACCUAUAGAGAAUGGUGUCAAUGAUAUAGCUCUUUCAUCGGCAUCAAACGUAACAGCCAACUAUGACAAUACCACAAAGACCAUUACCAUUCCAUCAAGUAGAAGUACCGGUUAUGUCAAUCUCUAUCCAUCUGCCAAGAAUGUAAUCUUUUCAUCUACGAGUAAUGCACCAAUAGUCAUUACUGGUCCUGCCAAUGUAAACUUUAAAUCUGCCCUAUUUAGAGGAAUCGGUUGGACAAGUAACAAUCCAUUUGACAAUACCAAACAGUCCAAUACCACAUUGAACUACAAUCAUUAUGGAUGGAAUCAAGAGGAUCGUUACGGUAUUACUCUGCUUCACGUUCUCAAUCCAGUGGUUAUUGAUAAUUGUAUUUUUGAUGACACUGGCAGUAGCACUAGAUUUAUGAUUGGAGCAAAGAGAUCGUUUGGAAAGAUCACCAACAAUGCUUUCCUACUCACUACACACACUAGCUCUGGUAUCGGUCUUUUGUACGGUACUGAAAGCUUUGACAUUCAAAACAAUGGUUUCAUUAGUCUUUGGAACCAAACCACCUUUACCAGUGACCUAUGGACACCACCCGUUAGAAAUACCUCCUAUCCAGAUAUUGGUUGUAUCAACUGUGCCAUCUACUCGACAUCACCCUAUUUUGUUGAUGGUUUGAAGCAAUGCGCUUUCGAAGGAGGAUUCCUUGGUGGUGCUGUCUUGUUGGAACCACUUCAAAAUCGAUCAGCAUUGACAGGUGUAAAUGUAGAUCUAUUGGUAGGAAACCUUGCCGGUCAAACACAAGACAAUAGAGACAACUACCAAUUAAAUGCACAAUGGCAACCACUCCUUGCUAAUGGGCUUGUCGACAACCUGUUUACCUAUUAUUCUGAUGUCCGUGUCAAUUAUUCUUCGCAACCUGCCCUAGUCCUCCAACAGAGAUCAUCAACUUUUGUUCGUGUCCAAUCGACUGCACCAUCACAAGAGUCAUUGUACAAUGUUCAUUUAUCCUUUGACAACUGUAAUUUUAUUUCAUUUAUGCAAGAGGCUCCAUACUCUGCUUCUUGUACUUCACCAAUUUUCAAAGGAUCCUAUGUUGGAGUGUCCAUUAAAAACUCGACUGUCAACAAGGUAACUGGACUCUUUGACAAGGUGCAGUCAGGUGAUAUCGGUUACUUGGGUAUGACCAAUGUUAUUAUGCAAGGCAACAUAUUUCCAACAGAAUUUGUAUCUACCAUCAUUCCAUUGUCAUUCUAUGACGAUGUGACUAUUGCAAGUGUUUUUUUGGUACAGAGACUCCCCAUCACAACAGUCUACACUCCAAGACCAAUCGUCAUCAGUACAGGUGGUAACAUUACACUACACCAAACUUUUCUCCCAAUCCCAACCACCUCGUCGUUUCAAUUUAAUCGAUCCAUUUUCCUCGACGAUCAAUUAUUUUUCCAACUCAAUGGUUCAACGGAAUUGAUCUCCUCGGCCGAGGAUGAGUUAAUGUUUUCCUCAACGUCACCAGGAUUCCAUAAAGUGUUGGCAACCAACAACCCAACCAAUUCCGAUGGUAUUUAUAUCACACCUAAAUCCUAUACAUCUGUAUAUACUACGGCUUUGAUUAAAAGUGCACAUCCCUCCAACUUUUAUUUGGGAAUUGCACUUGUAGAAUCAGAUACACCAGUGUCUCUUGAAGGAUUCAACGGAAGAUGGACUAAAUGUCAACAUCUCCCAGAUGUUUGCACAUUGACUGGUGGUGCAUUUGGUUCUUUGGUCACUACCCCAACAUCAAUGACCAACAGUAGUGAUGGUACCACAACCAAUGACAGUGACUUAAUAGAGAUUUUGUCGUCCUAUUAUUCGACGACACAAGAAUUUGACUCUGUAUCUAGAUUGGAGAUCAUGUUGAAGCCUGGUGAAUACACAUUCUACCUCUACUUUGUCAAUUCGCAUGAUGUCCUCUCUUCAAAUGCCUCCUCUUCUCAACCAUUUUUCCAAGUAAAGAUGAAUGGUCAAUUACAACUUGGAUUGCCCAUGAUCUAUCAAACACCUCCAUCCCAACAAUUUUUAGUAACAAACCAAUACUAUUUCAAUAAUUACAACAGUAGCACAUUCCCUUUGGUAGUGGAAUGGGGAUAUACACAAUCCCACAAUAUUUCACUUGCUGGUAUCGAAAUUUUCUCAAAUUGGACUCAACCUUUUGAAAUCGUAUCCCAAGGAAAUUAUUCAGUUAUUACAAACAUUUAUUUAUUAUCAAUCCUCAUUAUCAUUUGUAUUAUUACUAUUCAAUUUUAA